GUUGGAUCGAUUCAAAUAUGGCUGUUGCGGCUCUCCGCUUCUGCUCGUGAUUCCUGCCAAUGUCCUUCCCCGCUUGUGUUGUUCCGUGUGCUGUGUCAAAAGUGUCGUGUUGCUUCGCCUAGGUGUUUUUUUAAAGAAGUCGCCGAAAUCAGCGCGUAGUUAUAUAGGCUUUUUAAACUUUAGUAUGGCUGGAAACAGAGACUACUGCGAUAAGGAGGCCCUGAAGAGGGUGCUAAACGGAUCGUGGGAUGGAAGCGCCGUGCAGUUCUUGCAGAAGUACGAAAUUGAACGAACGGCCAUGUCAAACCCAUUGAUACGAAGGCUAGAGAUUUCAGACAAGUCCGUCAUUCUGGUCCAACGCUAUCAGCAAUCGCGGAAGAUGUCCCGAUCCAAGUCAACCUCCUCAUCCUUGUUCAUCGAUGACACAUCAGAUUCAGAGUGUGAACUGGAACUCACCGGAUGUCCUUUAGAGUGGCCGAUGGAACCGAAGAGCUUUUCAAUGCUUGAAUCUCCGUCAUACGAAGAUUCGAGCAAGAAUUCAGGAUCCCCAUGCAAAAACAAGCUGAGGGCUCUGCCCGCGGAUGAAGGAAGGACGCUCCUGAAUGCGGUAGUGAACAUGCUGAGCACCUGUGGCUACAAGACGGAGAUGGACCCUGUGUGGGUGGCGUGCGACAGCACCGACCCCCAGUACACAGCCUUCCUGGGUUACCACCGCGGAGGGGGCACCUGCUCCCGAGUCAUCGUCUCCUGCCGGGGUCCAAUUGAGAGCAAGGAAGACCUGCCAACCUUUGGCUGCAUCCAGAGGAAACACUUCUGGGGAUUGUCCCAGUCACACACUCAUAAAAGGAACGCAUACAUACUUUUCUACACGUCUGUGGAUAUGCGACAUCAGUUCACCUCCCAUUCCUAAGGCUUGGCCCUGGCGAGAUUAGCAUAUUGAUUAGAAUAUACGAGAAGUGAUAUUUGUUGGCAGUACAACAAUAAAUUUAUUUUACGUAUAGUAUUCUAUUUAGGGUAUAACGCCACAGAAACAGGUAUGCGGAAGUCUUAUAAGGCCAUUACGACGUAAUUAAAUGUAUAUAAUGCAGAAUUUGUUUUCAGUGUCGCUCCUUGAUGCUUCUGUGAGAUGUGGCAUGCCUUGCUGUACAUAAUUAGUUUGUAAAACUGCAAAAGGCGCAGGGUGAUCUUGUGUAGAUAUAUAAAUAAUGUAUAAUGUUGCUACCGACACAAGCAAACCAACCGUAUGUGUAGUAAAUAAAGACAUUUUUAACUUU